AGAACCGAGAAGACCUUGUAGCCUUUAACCAGACGCAGAGCAAAGGUCGGGAGAAUGGCAAGCUAUCUGCCGGAGGAAGUGGUUGUGAAGAUACUGUCGAGGCUGCCUCCAAAAUGUCUGAUCCGAUUCAAGAGUGUCUCCAAAAGAUGGCGUGCUCUCAUAGGAAACCCUGAUUUCCUCUCCAAAAACCUCCUCAAUCACUCCAUUCUCACCCCAAACCCCAGUCAUCCUCUCCGUCUUAUUCUCUUCUUCGCCGAUGACAUAUCCAAAUCCGGAAAGCGAAUACACUCUUUCCGUUAUUACGACUCCCUCUGCUGCGCGUCUCAAACCCCUCUGAAUUUUCCACCAGCACCACCACACUUUGACAUCGUCGCUUCCUGUAAUGGCUUGCUCUGUCUCUGGGACGUAAUGCUAAGCAACAUCUAUCUCUGGAAUCCCGCCACGUCAUCAGACCUUGAGGCUCUCCCGGCCGCGCCUUCUCGCUGUCACACUGGACUCAGAGUCCCCAACGAUGAUUUUGGGUUCCAUUAUGUGGGGUUCGGUUUCGAUUCGGGAUCCAAUGACUUCAAGGUGGUCACACUUGUAGACGCAGAUGUCGGUAGAUGGUUGAAAGCAGAAAUAUACAGCCUAAGAUCUGGAUCUUGGAGACUGCUUGAUAUGAGCGUGAACAUUGAGAAGCAUCUCAUUUUGCAGAGCGCAGCAUUGGAUGGGAUUUUUCUAUGGUAUGAUUACUACACAUACAAAGAUUAUGUGGACGACAGAAUAGUUGCUUUUGACUUCAGCAAUGAGGAGUUCCGAAUAAUGCUGUUUCCAGAUGCUCGUUUUUUCCGUGCUUACGGUGAAUGCACGCGGACUGUCACGGAGUUGAAGGGAUCUCUUGCUAUGUUUGUUUGUCCUCCUGAUCACUUUCAGAAGAAAAUGAUGUAUUUGGAUAUAUGGGUCAUGCUUGAAUUUGGUGUUAGGGAGUCGUGGACUAGACUUCUUAGCAUUCGACUCCCAUUGCAUUUGAAAAGUCCAUUGGGGUUUUGGAAGAACGGAGAGUUGUUCGUCGUGAAUAGUGAGAGGCAGCUGGUCUUGUUUGAUAUUUUGGCACAAACAGAGACGAAUCUUCAAUUUGAAGGGUCUCGGAACACGUUUCAAGUCGUAGACUACAAGCUGAGUUCGGUUUUGAACAAUGGAGGGGAGGAUAAUCCGUGAGCAUCUUUCCCACCUGCAUGGUAAAGAAGGACGCUUUCACUAAAUUGAAGACCUCAUCUGUGCAUGUAGGAUUGACUCAAGCACUCACCCAUCUUUGAAGCAGUUUGAUUUGAUAUCGAAUUAGUAAAUGGCAAUGUCUGAAACAUUUUAGCCA